CCCAUGGUUCGAGGUGGUGACCAGAGACGCCCAUCAGCCUCCAAAGUCCUAGCAGUCAUCACUCUCCUCCCCGUCGGCGGAACCCUGCUCCUUCUCUCCGGCCUGAGCUUCAUUGGAUCAAUGAUCGGCCUCGCCGUCGCCACCCCGCUCUUCCUCAUCUUCAGCCCCGUUCUGGUCCCCGAGGCCAUCGGGAUAGGCCUCUCCGUCACCGGAGUUCUCAGGUCGUGAGCCUUCUGAAUGACGGCGCUUUCGUCGCUGUCAUGGUUGUUGAAUUAUCUCCGGCAAGCCGCUGAUUCGUUGCCGAAGCGUUUGCGAGUUGUGACUGAUAAAAUGGGCCAGAAAAUGAAGGAAAUGGGACAUGAGAUGCAGAAGCAGGCCCAUGACGGCGGGCCCAUAGUAAGGCGGUUUUUAUAGGUGGGGGAGGCCGUUAUGUGGUUUAAUUUCGAUACUAUUUUCAAAUGCCCUUAAAAAAAAUUAUCAAGUUAAAAAUAGUUUUAAAACUA